CUUUACUCUCUUUCUCUCUCCCCCUCUUAGUCGCUGUGGCCCGCUGGUUGGUGGUGAUGAUUGAUGGGACCAAGCCAUUUUCCCUUACGUUCAUCAGGCUUACCCUCCCACCCCCCUUCUCUCUCUCUCUCUCUCUCUCUCUCUCUCCCUCGGUGAGAAGAGGAGGAGAAAAAUAUCCUUCCUGUACUUCAGCUGGAUUCGUCUGUAAAUUGGGUAGAGCCCCGUUUUCCUCCUAAUUUCUAUCUUCACGCCCCUUUAUGCUAAUCGGUUUGAGGAAGCUUGCUGAAAUUCGUGUGUUGCUUUCUCCAUUUAUCCUUCUUUCCUUCCUUCCAGUACCAAGGUAGACGUGGGGAUUCGGCAGAUUGAUUGGUCCUCUCUAACGAAAUUGUUUACUACUUUGAUCGGCUUUUGUGAUGUUCUGCUGAGAGAAGGAAAGAAAUGGCUGAUGGUUGGAGUGGUAGUUCCGAUCUUGAUUGCCAGUCCGAUGACAGCUAUAUCUACGGAAGUAGGCACAUAGAGCCGAUAUAUGACGCAUUCAUUUGCCCUCUAACUAAGGAAGUCAUGCGUGACCCUGUCACUCUAGAAAAUGGCCAGACGUUCGAGAGAGAGGCAAUUGAGAAAUGGUUCAGGGAAUGUAGAGAGAAUGGGAGGAGACCUAUGUGUCCAUUAACAUCUCAAGAACUGAAGACUACUGAAUUAAACCCCAGUAUAGCUCUUCGCAACACAAUAGAAGAAUGGUAUGCAAGAAAUGAAGCUGUUCAGCUUGAUAUCGUUAAGAAGGUGUUACAUGUGGAAAGUCCUGAGAAGGAAGUGUGGCGCUCAUUGAGGUUCAUCCAACAAUUAUGCCAGAAAAGAAGAACAAAUAAACGUGUUAUCCUCAAUGCUGAGUUGAUUCCUAAGAUUGUGGACAUGUUAAAAAGUGGUAGCAAGAGGGUGAGAUAUAAAGCACUUGAAACACUUCGGAUAGUGGUCGAAGGGAGUGAUGACAAUAAGGAAGCUUUGGCAGAAGGAAAUAAUGUACGUACUAUCGUAAAAUUCUUAUCACAUGAACAUUCCCAGGAGCGGCAAGAAGCAGUAUCUUUAUUGUACGAGCUUUCGACAUCUGAGAGCAUGUGCGAAAAGAUUGGUGCAGUGAACGGGGCGAUCCUUUUGUUGGUUGGACUGUCGAGCAGCAAGUCGGAGAACGUGUCAACUAUUGACAAGGCGGAGAGGACAUUGGAGAACCUGGAAAAUUGUGAGACAAAUGUGAAACAGAUGGCUGAAAAUGGUAGACUUGAACCUCUCCUUAAACUGCUCCUUGAAGGGUCAACAGAAACCAAGAUUGAUAUGGCUACAUAUUUGAGCGAGAUACCUCUGACUAAUGAUGUUAAGGUACUUGUUGCAAGAAGAGUGGGAGUAGCACUUGUUAACAUCAUGGGAAGUGGCAGUCCUCAGGCUAGAGAAUCUGCUUUGAAGGCACUUAACCAGGUGUCAUCAUGUGAGGCCGGUUCCAAGAUUCUCAUUGAGGCUGGCGUCCUCCCUCCCCUUGUGAAGGAUCUAUUCACUGUUGGUUUCCAUCAUCUACCAAUGAAGCUAAAAGAGGUUUCAGCAACUGUUCUUGCCAAUAUUGUCAGCUCAGGGUUUGACUUUGACUCGAUCCCUCUUGGACCUGAUGGCCAGACUCUUGUAUCUGAAGACAUAGUUCACAAUCUCCUCCAUCUUAUCAGUAACACCGGACCUGCUAUAGAGGCCAAGCUUCUUCAGGUGCUUGUUGGCCUGACUGGUUCUUCUGCAACUGUUGACAAUGUCGUCAAUGCCAUCAGGAGCUCUGGUGCCACUAUCAGCCUGAUCCAGUUUAUUGAAGCUCCACAAAGGGAACUAAGACUUGCAGCCUUGAAGCUUCUUAGCCACCUGUCAACUCACAUGGGUCAAGACCUUGCUGAUGGCCUUAGGGCCACAACAGGACAACUGAGCGGCCUAUUCAGGUUGAUCUCACUUGAUGGUAGUGGGGUCACAGAAGAGCAAGCAGCUGCUAUUGGCGUAUUGGCUUAUCUUCCAUCUGAAGAUUCCAACCUCACUAGGAGGUUACUGGAUGAAGGCAUCUUCAAGAGUGUCAUUGAUCAGUUGAACAGAAUUCAACUGGGUGAGGUACGGGGUGGCCGCUUUGUGACACCAUAUACAGAAGGUCUUGUAUCUGUCCUCUCACGAAUCACUUAUGUGCUGCAAGAAGAACCAGAUGCAGUAACAUUUGCACAGGAGCACAACCUUGCAUCUUUGUUCAUGGACCAGCUUCAAGCCAGUGGGCUUGAUGAGGUUCAGCGGGUAUCAGCUUUAGCACUGAAGAACCUUUCUGCGGAGUCGAAGAGGUUGAGUAGACAGCCGGAGGUGCCUAGUCCUGGUUUAUGUGCGUCAGUCUUUUUCUGUUUCAAUAAACCACCAAGUAUAAUCGGUCUCUGUCGGCUUCAUCAUGGAAUCUGUUCUUUUAAGGAGAGCUUCUGUCUUCUUGAAGGAAAACAUUGUAUAUCCAAGUUGGUCUCACGCUUAGACCACAGGAACGAGAUGGUAGCACAGGCAUCACUCGAAGCACUUUGCACGUUGAUAAGUGACAAUGUUGAUGUUGAGCAGGGAGUUCAGGUCUUAUGUGAAGCAGAAUCUAUCAAAGAAAUUCUGGAAAUCUUGCAUGAGAACAAGACAGAAGGGUUGAGGCACCAUGCUGUUUGGGCAGUAGAGAGGCUUUUGAGGUUUGAGGAUAUCGCCUAUGAGAUGUCUACCGAUCCUAAUGUGAGCUCAGCACUAGUAGAUGCCUUCAAACAUGGAGAUUUUCGGACACGUCAAAUUGCCGAGAGAGCACUGAAGCAUAUUGACAGGAUCCCAAACUUCUCCAGUGUAUUUCCGAAGCCUCCUCGGUAGCGUAAUGGUGAUUGGUGUGAAUGAUUCUCUGUCUGCUGAAGCACAUUGAUUUUGACAUUUCAGAGACCGGAAUGGGCUCUUUUGGAGGCUGUAGCUUUUAAUGCUUCAUGGUUUGACGAAAGCUGAAGCUCCAGCUUCAUUCUUUGCGGAGACUGUUACUCUUUAAUUUCCUCACCCUGCUCUGCUAGGCGAUUGCUGCACACGAGUCCUGCUUGGUUUUCCUCGUUGAAUCUGCCAAGGCGCUGAAAUAUAUCCUUACCAACCUAUAGCAAUCUCUCUCUCUCUCUCUCUCUCCCCCACUCUCUCUCUUUGUGAAUGCGUGAAUUUUUUUAUAAUUUUUAUUCAUGUUGGUAUAAAUCAUGUUGUAACCUAUAUUUAGAUGUUAGGCAACCGAGAAGCCUUUGUACUUUGACGGUUCAAAAAUUUCUUGCUGGUGCUGUGGAAUUAAAUAACAAUGCUUUGGUUUGUUGGUGCUGGUUAAA